UCUCUUAACGGCCGCUUGACCUCUCUCCCUCGCCACCACCACCCGCCGCCGCCCCAGCCGCCUAAUCCUCCGCGCGAUCGAGCCCGCCUCCGCCGCCAUGCAGCACCGCUCGCCGGCGGCGGCCACGGGUUCGGGCGAAGCCGCCGCCAUGGCGCCAGGCGUGGGCGGCGUCGAGCCGGCCGUGACGCUCGACCAGGUGCCGCGAUGGAGCGACCCCGACCAGCGCCUGUACGCGCCGUCCUCGUCCUCGUCCUCGGGUGUCCCCGGGGCAGCGGACGCCGGCGAGGGUGGCGGAUCCGAGCCCUCAGCGUCCGCGUUCCUCUCAUUCUGCGACCCCCUCACCGGCGACGACGGCGGUGGGGUCUCCGGCGGCGGCCGCGGCGGCGCCUCGCGGUUCCCUGUUGACCACGAGAUCAACUCCAGGAUCUACCUUUGGAGGGGCCACCCAUGGAACCUCGAGGUCGACGCCGUCGUCAACUCCACUAACGAGAGCUUGGAUGAGACACACAGCAGUCCUGGUCUGCACGCCGCAGCAGGGUCUGGGCUUGCAGAGGAAUGCUCCACCUUGGGAGGGUGCAGAACCGGUAUGGCGAAGAUGACCAAUGCGUAUGAUCUGCCUGCAAGGAAGGUCAUUCAUACAGUUGGCCCCAAAUAUGCUGUCAAGUAUCACACAGCUGCGGAGAAUGCACUUAGUCAUUGCUAUCGUUCUUGUCUAGAACUCCUCAUUGAGAAUGGCCUUGAAAGCAUUGCAAUGGGUUGCAUCUACACGGAGGCUAAAAACUACCCACGUGAGCCAGCUGCCCAUGUGGCAAUAAGAACUGUUAGACGUUUUCUGGAGAAACAAAAAAGCAAAAUUGCUGGUGUUGUUUUUUGUACUGUAUCAUCAUCUGAUACAGAGAUAUACAAGCGAUUGCUCCCAUUAUAUUUCCCUCGGGACAGACAAGAGGAAGAGAUUGCGGUAUCUAAACUUCCAGCAGAUGUUGGGGAUGAGAAUGGCGAAACUGUAAUAGAUGAAAGGAAAAUAAGAAUAAGACCUUUGCCUGCUGGUGCAGCAGACAGAACUGCGACUACUGCUCCUAUAGACCUUCCUUUUGAUUCUGGAUUGGCAUCGAAGAGGAGUUCUUUCAAGUUGGACUCGUAUUUGGAUCCUUCAUUUAUGUCGUUAAUCAAAGAUCCAGAUUUGCGGCGCAAGGAACAGUGGGAAAAAUCUGCCCAAGCUCAAAAGGGAUUUAAUUAUGCUAAGUUGCUUGGAUAUGGAGAUCUAGCUUGCCCUUCAUUAUCUGCUGCAGAGGAAUAUUCACUUCAUUCAAGAUACCUUGCUAAAGCAAAUUCUCUUAACCUUUCAGAGAUUGCUGAAAUGAAAAUAAUUUAUCGAGGUGGAGUUGAUAGUGAAGGACGCCCAGUUAUGGUUGUUGUUGGUGCACAUUUUCUUCUUCGCUGCUUGGAUCUUGAACGGUUUGUUCUACACGUAGUAAAAGAGUUUGAGCCUUUGAUUCAGAAGCCAUAUACCAUUGUCUAUUUUCAUUCUGCUGCAUCAUUACAACCGCAACCAGAUUUAGGAUUCAUGAAGCGCAUACAACAAAUAUUGGGUCGGAAACAUCAGCGUAACCUUCAAGCAAUAUAUGUCCUCCACCCAACGCUGGGUUUGAGAACAGCUAUUUUGGCUAUGCAGAUGUUUGUUGAUGGAGAGGUUUGGAAGAAGGUUGUCUAUGUGGAUAGGCUUGUGCAUCUGUUCAGAUAUGUACCACGUGAACAACUAACUAUUCCUGAUUUUGUCUUCCAGCAUGAUUUGGAGGUGAACGGUGGGAGAGGCCUAAUUGUUGACCCAAGAACAAAACACAUUUAUCAGAGGCCGUCUGGUUGAUAUGGAUGUUUCUGCUGUCCAAAGUUCAUUAGUUCUUACUUCACUCUGCCUUCUGAUCUUCCUUGUACCAGUAUUACAUGUUAAUGCUCCCUUUUUUUCAUUUGCAUCUAAUUUAAGUCGUUUUGUUCCAUUCUUUUGUUUCUCGACCUUUUCGGGAAGGAAAGUUCCGUUUGUAUAUUUUCAUUUUGUAUAACCAAAUAAAGGUAGUGGUGCAUCAGUGUUAUUGUAGAACAGUUCAAGUUCCUCCAAGCAGUGAUGUCUUGUGCCAUAAAAUUGUGAAAUAUUAUCUUGUAUUAUCAUCA